AUCUGGUAAAAUUCAUCAUAAAUUGAAUUAAAAAAAAAAAACUCGAUUCAAAAGUGCGACGGUUUUCUUUCAACCGCCGGUUUCUAUAUCCAAGGUCAGAUUUUGCGUUGUCUGCUCGAUUCGUAAGGUCUGGUUCCUGAUACCCAUUUAAGAUUUCGGUGUUAAAAAUUGGAGUUCGUUGUUUCAAACCGAGGCCUUUUAAGGAGCUGAGGGGUAAAGGAGCCCCUCACAAAUUUCCCAUUAAUUUACCAGUCUCAGUUGUUGUAAAAUCGGAGCUUGUGGGUCAGUCUUGUACAUGGGUUGAAAGAAAGAAAGAAAAAAAACCCUAGUUCUUAUUCCAGACUGAUUAAUUAAGGCCUUUGAGGGAUUGAAAUUUGUGGGGGAAUGAAGGGGGUGAAGGAGGAGGAGAAGACUAGUAGCCCUAUGUUUCCAAGGCUUCAUGUUAAUGAUACCGAUAAAGGCGGUCCCCGGCCGCCACCGAGGAACAAGAUGGCUCUCUAUGAACAGCUUUGUAUCCCUUCACAGAGGUUUAAUUCUUCAAGUUCGUUGCUGCCGUCGCAGAACGCUCAAAAUGUCGGUUCUUCUUUGAAGAAGGGAAAUGGUCAUGAGGGGAAUGUGUUGUCUCCAUUCUAUUCAUCUGCUACAGUGGCCGUUACAGUUGAGAAGGUUAAUUCUCGUUCUUCUGAUGGAGAAGAUGCAAGAUCCAGAGAAAGAGAAUUUGAGAGAAGUGCCGUUAGGAACAUGAAUUUCAAAUCUGCAAAUGCUGUAGGAUCAGUUGCUGAAUGUAGUUCGCUGCAUCGUGAUGCCUCUAAUACAAAGAAUUCAUCCUGGAAGAGAGUUGAUGAUGAUGAUGAUUUUAGGGUCCCUACUUAUGUUAACUAUGAAAAUGUUUUAAAUCUGUACAAGGAUACGAGUGGUGCUGAAAAACGAAUGUUAACUACACUUAAUUCUUCUGUGCAAUUAUCAAGCUCUUGUAAAAGGAUUCUGGAACAAACCAGUCAUUCAGAUCCAAAGUCUGGAAAACUUGAAAGAAGUAGCAGGCAAAAGCUUAAUGAUAUGUCAGUUCUGGGAGAGCAAACGGCACAGGCUUUAGCACAUCAAGAAGCUGGGGAAAAGCUUGCAGAAUCAUCAAGAUUUGUCAAGUCAUCCUCUGACCGAGAACCUACUGCAAGUUGCCUAAAGUCAUGUGGUAAUGAUCCUCUGAAUGGGCUCACGGCUCAGAGUGACCCUCACUCUAAAGCAUCAGUCAGUCACAGAUCUAUGAAUGUGGCUGAUGUCUGCAAUCAGACAACCGAUGAUAAGGAAAAUAGCUCAUUGGAGCAAAGUGAUGCUGAGAGAAAUGAUGAAAUGUCUGACACGUCAAUGGUCGACUCUAUAUCAGGGUUGGAGAUAUCACCUGAUGAUGUUGUAGGAGUAAUUGGUCCAAAGCAGUUUUGGAAAGCGAGAAGAACUAUUGUCAACCAACAGAGGGUCUUUGCAAUUCAAGUGUUUGAACUACACAGAUUGAUAAAGGUUCAAAAAUUGCUGGCCGCCUCGCCGCAUCUACUUCUCGAAGAGAACACUUGUACAACUCCACAAAAACUACCUGUUAAGAAUCUCCAUAUAGAGUCUUAUAUCAAACCUCAGCCACCGACAGCUAAACAAAUAGAUGUCCCCGAGACUCCAAACCCUAAUCCUAAUACCGAGUACCAAACCGAGAGCACUGAAGUUUCCAACAAAGCACCGGUUCAGCCGCCGAGACCUUCAGCUUCUGAUAACAGAUCAAACCCUUGGUGUUUCCAACCAUCUGCACAUCAGUGGCUUGUACGCGAUAAUGUCCUUCUGAAGGGCUCAUUUACAAGCCAUACUCCGGCACGUGCGCUCCACCUGCAGGUUUCAUGACCCCCGUUUAUGGAAACUACGUGCCAAAUCCUUAUGUCCAUCCAUCAAUGAACCCGAUGAUCUCCAGCUCUGCUAUCGAACAAACUAACCCCGUGACUGGUCCAAGACCUAAUCCGCCUGUUGAACAAAACUCUCGGAGCUCAUGCAACAUAUCUUUUCCGAAAAGUGAUGCAGUUACCGGACGACCUUGGAAAGUUCCCAUGUCGAAAGACAGUGACUUGCAAGGGAGCAGCGCGAGUAGUCCUUGUGAGAGGGCACAAGGAGAAGGGAGGGACGCAUUGCCUCUUUUCCCUAUAGCGCCGAAUGCAGAAGCUUCAGUUCAGCGUGGAGAGUCUAAUGAUAAAGAACUUCAGAUUCGGGUCAUUAAGGUCACACCUCAUAAUGCGAGGUCUGCGACGGAGUCAGCAGCAAGGAUUUUCAGGUCGAUACAGAAAGAGAGGCAGCAACUCGAACAGUAAUCAGUUUAAUGGAAGUGGUCACUGGGGUGUGAAGUUGGCACUGAGGUGUUUUGGUAGUUUCAGUCAUCUAAAGCUUGGCGUUUUUAGGUUUGUCCAUGUAAAUAUGAUCCUGAAAUCUGAGGAAUCAAUACUUUGUAGCUGUAUGAGUUCUUCAUGUAGAGUUUUGUUUAGGGAAAAUAUGUGCGUAAUCGAUCACGUAUAUUUGUAGCAAUAGCAGACGGAUUUUUUAUAAAUGGGAUCACUGUAUAAACUGGACCAUUGUAUAACCUGGAUACAGAGUGUUCCUAUGUGUACAAUUUUUGUUUAGAAAUAUCUGAUACCCGUGUCUGAUUUUUGUUGGGUUUGCAUUAUCAGGAUUUGUUGUCUCAAGGUUUCUUUUAAGUUGCCUUAGGUGAUUGUACAGCUGUAACUGUGAUGCCAGCAUCAAACACUAUGUAACUGUAAUUGCAAUACAAGAAUCCACACAAAUGAUUGGUGGUA